GUGCUCGUGACGUCACACAGCCAUUUUCAUUCGAGUCCGAGUCAUUCGUCAGUUUGAUUGAUAAUUAUUGCGCGAUUUUUCAAUCAAUCAGCAUUGAUCAGUCGCAAAAAUGGCGCUAAUGGUGUCGUUUGUGUCCGUGGCCGUUUCUAUAUUGUACACGCCGUUCCUGCUGCUCAUUCUGUGUGUGAUAUUCCUCGCAUCCAUCGGCAAGUCCCUGGGUGUACGGAGACUGUAUGUGAAUGUACUGCUCAAACUUUUCGAGUAUGGCAGACAGCACAUCGAGGUGGCGAAGAAGCUCCAGAGGACCGACAGUUCUGACGAGGAGGAGCCGCCGCCUGAUGACAAGCCGCCCUCCGCGCUCGUCAAAGAGAACGGCGUCAACGGCACGAAGAACAACGUGAUAGAGCGGCAGGAGAUCCUGGGGCCGUCGCCAGAGCUCAACUACAAGAGGAGCAAGAGCCAGGAGCGGCUCCAGAACGGACACAUGGUUGAUGUCAAGGGGGAGACAAACCUGGAGUUUCACCUGCACCACUGCAUGGACCUGGUGAAGGCGGGCAUGGAGUCCAUCAUCGAGGACCAGGUCACGUCGGUCUUCGAGGCCGAGGAGUUGCGGAGUUGGAACCUGCUCACCAGGACCAACAGACAGUACGAGUUCCUCACGUGGCGACUGACCAUCAUCUGGUUCAUGGGCUUCGUGGUGCGCUACUUCUUCCUGCUGCCGCUCCGGAUAUUCAUAUUCGUGAUCGGGGUCGUGACAAUGAUAACGUCGCUGUCGCUCAUCGGCUUCCUGCCCGAGAGCAAGUUCCGUCGCUGGCUGGCGGCCAUCUUUUACAAAAUAUCCAUCAGGACCCUCAUGAGAAGCAUGUCCUGCGUCACCAGCUUCCACGACACGGAGCACUCGCCGCGGUACAACGGCUUCUGUGUGGCCAACCACACGAGCCCCAUAGACGUGGGCGUCUUGAGUGUCAACACUUGCUUCUCUUUGGUGUGGUGGCUGAUCGCGUGCACGGCGUGCGUGGGCACGCUGCCCGACGGCGCGCUGAAGCAGCGCGUCAACAACGCGCUGUCGCUCGUCUGCUUCAACUUCCUGUCGCGCUGCAUCUCCGCGGUGAUCACUUACCACAACAGCGACCACAAGCCGCGCAACGGCAUCUGCGUGGCGAACCACACCAGCCCCAUCGACGUGCUGGUGCUCAUGUGUGACAGCUGCUACUCGCUGAUAGGUCAAAGACACGACGGGUUCCUGGGCCUCCUGCAGCGGGCGCUCGCUCGCGCUUCGCCACACAUCUGGUUCGAGAGGUCAGAGGUUAAAGACAGACACGCGGUCGCCAGGAGAUUAAAAGAGCACAUCUCAGUGCCGGACAACCCCCCCAUCCUGAUAUUCCCGGAGGGCACCUGCAUCAACAACACGUCGGUGAUGCAGUUCAAGAAGGGCAGCUUCGAAGUGGGGGGCACCAUAUACCCCGUCGCCAUCAAGUACGAUCCGCGCUUCGGCGACGCGUUCUGGAACAGCUCGCGGUACGGCAUGCUGCACUACCUGCUCAACAUGAUGAGCUCGUGGGCCAUCGUGUGCGACGUGUGGUACCUGCCCGCCAUGACGCGCUCGUCCAGCGAGUCGGCGGUGGACUUCGCCAAGCGCGUCAAGGCGGCCAUAGCGACGCGCGGCGGCCUCGUCGACCUCAUGUGGGACGGGCAACUAAAACGCAUGAAGGCCAAGAAAGAGUGGCGAGAGAUGCAACAGGAGGAGUUUAGCAAGAGAUUAAAAGGAGAAUAAAAUAAAGUGUCCCAUUGGUUGAGCCAAAAACAAUAAUUGUGGAACAGUGUUGAGGUUUAGAACAAUUGGUACUAUUACGAUACGUGAUAGGACCCACCAAUCGGCUCUGGCGUGGUGGGUCAAUGCCCCAUAUAUCUUUCUCUUAUGAGAGAAGGCCUAUACCCUGCUGGGGAAAUAUCAAAUAAUCAUCAGAUAAUUAUGGUUGCAUCGCGUGUGUAUAAAUACACGAAAAUUACUUUAGAGGAACUAUCAAUAGUAAUUUCGUAGAAAUGCCUUAAAAAUAUGGGAAUGUUGACUAAUUUUAUGUAUAGUCUUUAUUUUUUAGUGAAACUAUUAAACAAUUAUAAUUUCACACUCAGAUUAUAUAAUAGUAUAAAUAAAAAUAUUGUAGCUGUAAUAAUAUUUUUUUUUGUAAUAAAAAUAAUGAUACAUAAUAAUUUCAUACAAUUGAUGAAUUAUAACGAAAGCCAUUCCGAAAAUUAAUCAACAUCCGAUAUUGAAUAGAUUUCUAUUUAUUUAUCCUGAAUAUUUAACACACUCUUUUCGCGGUGCAACCAUACUAUAAUUUUACGCAUUAUUGUAAAAAACUUAUAAACAUUUUUCGUGACUUAUUUAUUGUAAUUAACUAAUAUGUAAUCACAAGUUAGAAAGGCUACUAGAUAAUAUAGAAAUUGUAAACUUUUUAUAAGUUACACAAAUGUGUAAUGAAAAAAAAAACAUUGUAAAAUUUUAAAACUUACACAAUUGAUAUUUGUAAUCGAUAUUAUAAUAAAAUAUAUCUAUAUUUAUGUAAUAAUUUAUAUAUACACUGUCACGGUUCUAAACUAUUUCACUUGAGUUACUACUUUUUCGAUACAUAUUAUUAAUUAAUAAUAUUAUGGUGAUUCACGAUUUUGUAAAAACUAUUAAUAAAAUUGUAAAAGUCAUUCAAGUUAAUACAGUUGUACAAAUUUACUGCAUUUCAAACGUCAGUUAAUGAAUAUGUAGUUAUAAUGUUUCUGUAUUUUUUUAACACGCAAUUUCUAGAAAUAGAAUAGUUGUGUAAUUUUCGUAAAUUUUACACAAGUUACACUAGAAGAUAAAUAGGACUUGUCAUUCAUAAAAGUUGAAGUUGGUGGUGUAUAUAAUUAUUAGCUGGCACAGCAUCGCAGAUAUUGAAAAAAAAAAUAGUAUUUUAAACUACAGUUUUUGUACCGAGCCGUGGAAAUUGUAGGUAAACGCCUAAAUUGAAAUUAGUUUGAAAUUAGUUUCAAUUCUAGAAAAACUAUCGUAUUAGCCAGAUUUCUCAAGAGAAUAAUUAAAACUUUCAUUGGAUAUCAAUCUUCCUCUUAAAUCCGUUAUGUAGUUAAAACGGAGGGAAGCAGAUUUGUGAUGAAUGAAGAAUAUAAUUAAAAUUAGUUUCAACUUUGUUGACUUGAUCUUAAAAAAUAUCACAUUGGCAGCUUUUAUGUUAUUACCAUUAGCAUUUAUUAGACUUAUCUUUAUGUUUAUUAAUAAUUUUUGGAUCUACAGAAAGUGUGCUUUUGAUGGUUUUUCGGUUAUUUGAUUGUAAAUAUUUCUUUGGAGAUUGAAAGGGAGAGUGAAAAUUGAAAAUUCGUGGAGUAUUUGACUGAUUGACAUUGUAUCUAUUUUAUUUAUCGAUUGUUGUGUACUUUAGAGUAGUAAAUAAUUUAUUUAUUUAUUUUGCUAUUUACCGCAUCAUUGCGUUUGUAGCCUCAUGUAGCUCAUUUGUUAAAGACUCGGACUGGAUACCGAACAUUAAUAAUCCUAACACAGCCUUUACGACGAAUUGUCAAUUUAGUCAAAAACUUGCAACCGAUUUAGCGAUUUUUUUCAAAGUGUAACUUUGAAUGAUAAUGAAAUAUUUAAUAAGUUUUUAAUAUAAUUCUCACAGUGAUUUUCAUAUAUUUUUAUAAUUAACGUAAUGCCUAAUGAAUCUAUACAGAUACAAUUAACAUUCGAAUUAAAUAAUAAUCCUAGUUUUUUUUUUAAUUGAUGAAAUUAUGAAAUAUUCUGUUGAAAAGCCAACUUAGAUACAUAUAAAUUAACACCACUAGAUAUUGUUAAUUUAAUUCUAGUUAGUAGACAUUACAAUUAAACUUUUAUUAAAAAAAAUUACAACUAUAUUUUUUUAGAAGUUAACGAAUGCUACACAAAUAACUGCUAUUAGUCUGUAUCCUCGCAUAAAAUAAUGUCAUUUUACUUUUACUCGUAUGUAUUUUGUUACAAUAGUUACUUUACUACUAUAUAAUAUACUUGGGUUGCUAUUAUACAAUUAUGAAAGCCCGUCAAUCUGCAUUGGAGCAGCGUGGUGGGUCUAAGCUCCAUAACCCCUCCUAUAAGGGAGACCUGCCGCUGUAAUUACGAUAAUUCGAUAUUAAGAAGCUCUUAAAUUUGUUAUAAACCAGAAAAUGUGUGAUUUUUCGCAAAAAUCAGCACAAUUGAGAAAACAUCGGAUUUUAUCAGAUGACACACACGCCCGGCACGAGUUAUGUGGGCUGCCUAUCAAUUUAUAUAAUGUACUAUAUUUUUUUAACCUGAUUUCUUACUAUAGAUUACAUACAGAAAAAUGUUACACCUGUAUUUAUAUGUAUAGAAAAUCGUUAAAUUAUAGUUUAGUUGCAAUAUUUAUUAUAUAGUAAAAAUUACAAUUUCAAAAAUUGUAAAUAACUAUCACAUUAUAUUUUAGUGUAAUUUACAUAAAUAAAACUGUAAAAGUCAUAAAUAACGAUUUGUAAUUGUAAAAAUCAUUAAAUUGGUGAUAAAUGUUGUGAUUGGACGAGGACUGAGUGUGAUGGGUGAGUAGUACAUAAUGAUGAUACAGUUAAUGGCUUAAUUACAAUUAAUUAUUAAGUUAUUAUUAAUGGUAAUUGUAUUUUACAAAAAUAUUAUAAUUAUAUUAUAAAUAUAUUUUAUAAUUGUCAUUUUGUUAAUAAAAGAAUGUUUGAAGUGAUAAAAUAUCAAAAAUUAAACUUAUAUUUCAAUUCAGAGAUAAUACCUUGCUAUAAUCUUGAUAACUUCAUUCAGACAGGAGUGUCCUGUGAGUGACAAUUGGUGACACUAUUUUUAAGAGUGAUGUCACAGCCAGUGGCGUGCACAAGGCUCUUAACUAGGGUAUACAUUACAGGUACAAAAUGGAAAAUUCCUCCUCCAAUACUGGUACGUAAUUAAUGCUCAGGGUAUGCAUUGCGUUUAUGCAUCUAUGAAGUGCACGCCACUGGUUACUGGUAUCUGUAGUCCAUAAUGAUUAGGUGGGGCGGUAGUUUACGACAGGGCCGGAUUAAGGAGGUCUAAGUAUAGACCAACAAGUUGUGCGUGCAGAUGGAAGCAGUAUAUAUAUAUAUUUUUGGAUUGCUCAAAGUGAUGUAACUUUUGCGGGACUUGUAUAUUCUUGUAGGCAUUUUUAUUCGAUAAUAAUAAUUAUUAUGUAUGUUGUUGUACAACUAGUUGGUAGCGUGUGCCGACAGUUAUCACUCACCAUCAAGUGGACCUGCUUGAUCUGUCACUACUAGUUGUGCAAGCUAAGAUCUAUUUGUAACAGUUUGUGAAGUAAUUUAAUGCGGUUUCUAUACCAUGUCUGCGGUGAUCACACAUACCACAUUUUAUGCAUGUUGAAAAUUUUCCCAAAUUCAGAGCGAAUUCAACCUUUAGGAUUGAGUUUAAAGUUGAAUUUGCAAAUGCGAAUGAAUGAUUCAUAAUAUUUGUCAGGACAACAUAACACAUCACUGUAACCAAAACAAGACCCUAGAAUGGCAGAGAAUGACCUUGAGUGAAGUCACGCACUUGUGAACGAUGUGUGUAGGGUUAAAGUCUCCUUUGAUAGUUAACAAACACUCCCCUUUUCCACUCAAGUCACUCUCCCCGCCUAUCCCAAGUAACUCAUAAAGAAUUACACAACAAAUAACGUAGACAGCUCGAACGCCACGAGCAUACUGAAGUCGACCGUACGACGAACGCCUUAUGUUGCAAGUCAUUCCCGCCAACCGGUCGCUACCACUCUCUAACUCCCUAACUUUACGAAACAAGUCGCGCCACUUGGCGUUGGCACGAACCGACACGAGAUCGAUUGAUGAGAUAUAUGGUAGGAGCGUAUUACACAUUCAGCAUUCAUACAAUGAGGUGUGUGUGGCUCCCGCAGGCUCUGAAUGUAAUAUCAUUAUAAUUUUCAUGUAAGUGGUAUGUAUCACAAAGACCCAAAAAUUGUUGUUUUUUUUUUAUUUCUGUCUAAAUAAUAUCUUAUUUUUUUUUUACAAUUAUUUUAAUACAACGUUUUUCAUGCGGUUUUAGUUGGAAAAAAAAAUAGUUUAAUAAAAUAAAUCUAUUAUUUACUUUAUUAAUUAAUUAAUUUUUAGGUAAUUUUAUUAUUUAAUUAAGAAACUUUUUGACUCCUAAUAGUACCUACUCGUUAUUUUAGCAUACAAAAUGGCAGAUUAAUAUAUAAAGGCAUCUAAGACGAAACUUAGCAUAAUAAAAUAAGUCCUUAGUAUUUAGUUUAUUAUAAAAUACACAAAAUUAUCAUUUUUAUAACACUUCUAUAAGCUAACCUACAUAAAAAAUCUAAUUUAUAUUUGAUCCAACUCGUAAAACCGCAUGAAAAUCCGUUUAGUAAUUUUGAACAUUAGUGUUAUUUUACACUUUUAUAGCUUUCUAAUAUUUUAAUGUAAUAAUAUAAUGAAUUAUUGAAUGCUAUGUUAUUUCCCAGAUUGUGUAUGUAUAUUUGUUUGUUAGAUUUUAAGUUAAUUUAUUGUUUUGUAACGUUUGUAUGUAUACCGUUUUGUACUCAGUAAAUGUUAUAACUUGA